UGUGCUGUUUAUUUUAAGGCUUCACCAGCAGUAGGGGGCGGUAAUAUUAUGGUCUAGAUACAAUGAAGAGGAUCCCGUGAUCAAUAUUUACGGAAGUGAUGCCUCCUGAACUCAGUCUGUCAUUUCUGUUGUUAAUUCCUUAAGAUACGUGGGGUAACGUUAUCACUCACCACCAAGAUAGCAGUGUUUGCUUAGCUAGCUCACUUAACGUUAGCUUCAAAGGAACGUAUGCUUACCUGUUAGCUAGUAAAUGGUAGCAGGAGUAACUGACGUUAGCUAACAUCGCUAACUAGCUUGAAAAUCGCAGAGGCAACAACUACCCGGCAUUUCAGUUGCUUUCCUGUUGGACAUGGUUGUCUUGUUAGUCCGAGUGUGUUUGGUCAUGUGAAGUCUUUGCAGACUGUUAGUUAUAAAUUAGAUAUUUGGGGUUAUCUCGCGGCCGUUUCUGGAAACGUUGACGAAAGCUAGCUAAGCGCUAGCUUGCUAGCCAGACGUUAGCACCAUGGGAGCCGAACAGAGUGGAGAUGCUGAGCACAAACACUCCGAUUACAGCUCAUCGGUGGUGCCCUCCCCAGCAAAGCAGAAAGCAAAGAUGGAUGAUAUCGUCGUCGUGGCUCAGGGGACCCAGUCAAUGAGAAAUAUCCACAACGACCCAGAUGUCAUCAAGCUUCAGGAGAUACCAACCUUUCAGCCACUUUUAAAAGGCAACUUUUUAAGUCUUCCACCUGCUGACAUGAAUUAUAGUGUCAUCUUUCAGACCGACAGUUCAUUAGGAGUGCUGAGUGGCCAGACGUCACCCAGCAGCGUGUGUCUGGAAAGGCUGGAUACUGCGCAGGUUAUGCAACUCUGCAUUCGCUACCAGGACCACCUACAUCAGUGUGCCGAGGCCGUGGCCUUCGACCAGAACGCCCUGGUCAAGAGGAUCAAAGAGAUGGACUUGUCAGUGGAAACCUUGUUCAGCAUAAUGCAGGAGCGCCAGAAACGCUACGCCAAGUACGCCGAGCAGAUCCAGAAGGUAAACGAGAUGUCCAUGAUCCUGAGACGCAUCCAGAUGGGCAUUGACCAGACGGUGCCGCUGAUGGAGCGCCUCAACAACAUGCUGCCUGAGAGCGAGCGCCUGGAGCCCUUCAGCAUGAGGCCUGAUGGGGAUUCUGCCACAAAGUAGCCUCCUUAAAGCCAACACAGCGGUUUCUUACCUGAGUCUUCAUCCAAUCCUGUGGCCAGGAAGAAGUGCAGGUCUGUCCAGCUGUAGGGAUUACCCAUUACAUUUUUUUGUUAUCAUAGUAGAGGUAGAACUUAGGUGUAAAUGUGUUAGACUGCUAUAGUCAGCUCUCCAGGUCAUUUCAAUUUAUUCUUUUACUUAAUGCAGGACGUUUUGCUGAGCACACAUGCUCCCAAUCAGCAACAUCAUACUUACUAUAACACUUUUACUCAGCACACACACGUUCAUACCUGAGUUUAACCACAACCUUCUGCUACUGGCCACUGUGGAGCUCUACUGGAGCAAUUUAUGAAGUGCUGCGAUCAAAUGCAGAGGGCCUUGACAUUAUUUCUUAUCCCCUCCUUGCAGGGAAUCAAGCUGGUAAUCUUCCAGGCACACACUUUUUUAGUAAUCUAAAGGCAGGGGAGGAACACUUUUAAAUGAGUCAGAACUAACUCCAUAUGCUCAAAAACUUGUAGACGUGUUGCAGGUUUUAGAGACUCAAAUCAGUGUGAGUGACAUUAAAGUAUUUCAAAAUGUUUCCUGCUGCUUUGGAGAUUUGCACAAACCUCCCAAAAGAUCUGGUCAGGAACUUGCAGAGGAUUGAUUUUAGAUCAUGCACUUAACAUUACAAAUAUUUGUUGUUUGUGAUCCUGAUCUUCUUAUCGCUUUCACGCCAUAUGUCUGGCUCACUGUUUGGAAAUCCCUUCCACGAACUGCUUGCAUGCAGAUUGACUGCUUUUAAUUUUCUGAACAAUAUCGUUGCAUCAUUUUGGAAUAUUAUGAUGAAGAGACUCAUGGAGAGAGCCAAAACGGAUUAUUGCCAUUGGAUUACACAAGGAGCAUGGAUGUACUGCACAUUGGAAGGAAAAUGAGAAACCUCUUCUUGGACAGAGGGUAGUUUAAAUAUUCUCAUGAACAGUUUUGUGAUAAGAAAACUUGACUUUAAUUUAUUUGGAGACUUGCUAUUUUGCUGUUUUCAUGGAAAACAGUGAAGAAAAUGACAAAGGACCGAACAGAGACCCUGACACUUUAGGUUUUUCAGCAGAUUGGUACAGAAGAUCGAUACAGAGAUGGACAGAAACCAUUCUAGCAAGUUACCCAUCGCAGAGUUUCCUGCAGUGCAAUUUCAGCAUUAACUUUGCAUGUUUGUUAGCUCUGUUAUCACACAUGCCAAAGAUUCCCAAAUCCUUAAAGAUGUAAGUGGCACUUUAGAGUCUGUCAUAUCUUUGGUCUCUUUGAGGAAAGUGAUCAAGUUAACGUUUCUGCUUUAUCUGUUAAAUAUUUGUUUCUGUAUCAUACAUUUUGCUUGUCAGGCUUAAAGCACAUUUUCUCUCUUACCUCUAGAGGUAUCUGUCGAUGUAGAUAGUUUUUUUUUUUCCAUUUGUCCAGGUAUUUUCCAAGAGGUGACUGACAUCUUAUUUCGGGUGCACAGAGCAAUAAAGAUAAAGACAUUAAUCAACAUAUUUGGAGAAAAAGUGUUUGUGUUACUUGGGAUAAUCCAAAAAACACAUGGCCAACAGUUUUAAUAUAUACAAAUUUUUAGGUAGAAAAGUAACCAGGACAUUGUUUCUGAAAGACAAACAAAAUGUCAUUCACAUUUGUUGUAUUUGGUGGCAGAAAUCUAAAAACCUGGCCAAAUAAAAUCAAAACUAUUUGCAUGGCUAAAUACCACUGAAGCUAAAUGAGAUUUUUUUCCCCCUAAUUUGGGUGAACACACUUAACUUAAACUACAUUAUCAUUGGUCAGUUUGUGUGGAAAUAUAAAAUAAGAC